CGUAGAGUUUAAGCUAUCUGGGGAUGCUCCAAAAUCGUCGAAAGAGGAUAUAUUUCUGUCCUUAUUUUAGAUCGUACAUGAUAUAUGUGUGCACAUAUGAUUGCGUGCGUGCGUGCACUUUUACAAUGAAGGAUAAAAAAUAUAUGUUUCUCCUUCUAUCGGUCAGCGAUAGUCUCGCAGGGGAGAAAUAUAAUGACAUCUAUAGGUAUACAAGCUCUAUGGCGAUGAAGCGCGCGUAUCAUUCGUGGCUUCGUGGUGGUCACGCUACGAACUAAAAUGACAUGGCCGAUAUACGGAGCUAUGUCAGCUAUCAACGACACUCGGCUCUCAUUUCUCUGAUGCAUCGCCGACUCUCUCGUUACGCCCUAUUCCAUCGAGCCGGUUUCGAUUCGGUGAUAUUUUCAAGCACGCGGUGCAAGCGAACGAUCCUCGGCUCGAUUUAAAGGCUCGAAGGGCGACGAGCUUAAUUAACGAGAGGCGUCGAACGGGGCGGAGGAGGGGAAGAUAUUCCGAGUGUGGGGAAGAGCAUACACACUUUGACACACGGACACGAACGUCUGUCGUGUCAUUUGGGUAACACGCGUCGCACGAUACGGUAUACGGGACGAGCGUCCUCGUCGUAAGGACGCUUGAUUCGUUGCGUGUGCUGUGUGUGUGUGUGUGUGUGUGUGUAUGUGUGUAUGUGCGUGUGGGUGCGUACGCGCGAUUCGCGAAAGGGACGAUGGAUUACGUGCUGAUAAAGGAUAUCCGGGCGGGUCAGAAGAACAUCAACGUAGUGUUUAUCGUUUUGGAGGUUAGCCACCCUACCAUCACUAAAGAGAACCGCGAAGUUCGAACGUUCAAAGUGGCCGACAGCACCGCUUGCAUGAACGUCUCCAUCUGGGACGAGCCCGGUCAGCUCCUCAUGCCGGGUGACAUCGUACGGCUCACCAAGGGCUACGCGUCCGUCUGGCGGCAAUGCCUGACUCUGUACUCGGGCAAGAACGGGGAUAUACAGAAGAUAGGAGAGUUCUGCAUGGUGAUCAACGAGCAGGUCAACAUGAGUGAUCCGAAUCCGAUGCUGUCGCAGCAGUUGGUCAAUCAGAGCGGCUCGGGUCCGCCCGGCAACAACGUCAACAACAGCAUCACCAACAACGGCAACGCCAACAGUAUCUCGGGUCAAUCGGGACGACAGCCCUUGGCCAUCCAAACUAACACAACAACUCCCAGUAGUGGAGCUGCGGCUAGUACGACGACUGCAAAGAGCGGAAACGGCGGCAGCGGUAACGGGAACAAUGUUGGAAGCGGAAGCGGUAGCGGUAGCGGCAGCGGCGGCAGCUCCGGUCUACCCGGUGGCUCGGUACGAUAUUCGUCGUCAGAUUCGACAACAAAAUCGGCACCGACGACCAAGAGCAAUUCGCGAGGUCGCGGCAGCUAUAGAAACGGCGGUCGCAGCGACCGGAGAUAACACACAAGAAGGAAGCGGUUGAUCAUAUACGUGUAACGAACAAACGUGUGUGCGCAACAGAUUUGCGUUUGUGUAUAAUAUACUUUUUUUUUAAACUUUGAUUCUUGACGCGACUUGAGUGAGAAGUAUGUGUUUUGAGAUAUAGCGGCCGAUUGUUGCAUGUACUAUACCUGUAUGCGAAUGCGAGUUUUACGUGGAUAUCAUCAGUAAUUAUCACCAAUGAUGGAUGUUCGAUUCAUCUUUUGAGAAAUUAUUUUCGAAUAAUUCUAUCGCGCGUAGUUUCAAAUAUUGUGUGUCUGAUUAGUCUUGCAAAUUUAAAAAAUCUGUAAAAAUCCUUUUAUCCUUUUCUCUGUAUAUUUGAAAAUUUUUAAAAUUUUUCUUUUAUUUAAAAGAUGUGUGAUAAUCUUAGCAAAUGUAAAAGUCUUAAAACCUUUGAAAGUUUUGAAAAUCUGAACACAUUAAAAAUUUUAUUUAUGUGUAUAAUACAAUAAAAAUUAUAUAUUAUAUCAUACAUAUAUAAAACUCUGUAGAAUGUGUAACAUAUUAUAUUUAUAAUGUAUAUUAAUUAAAACAUAAAAAUAAAUUAAUAUUAAGGUUAAUAGUUAAUUUUUAGUUAAGAAAUUGGUAAAUAUAAUAUAUAUAACGAACAUCUCAAUGAUCACCUUUUUCAUUUUGAAGUAUAUUUUGCAGAAUGAAAUCCUGAUAAAAUAAUUCGCAUUUUAAAAUAUUUAUAUCUUUUAUGCUACUUUUUAUUUUUUUUGCUUUUAUAUAAUAUUUACACAUACACAUAUAAAUUAAUUAAAAUUUAUAUUUAAAAUUUAAAUAUUACGCGCGUAUUUUUAUUAUUUUCAUACUAUAUAUAUAUAUAUAUAUGUGUGUGUGUGUGUGUGUGGUGUGUGCGCGCGCGCGCGCGCGCGUGCGGCGUGCGUGCGUGCGUAUGCGUGUGCGUGUGUGUAUUUAUAUACGUAUGUAUGUAUAUAUGCCGAUUUUGCCGUCGAAUCUGACGAUGAAUGUAUUAAAAAAUGCAAGAUACAUUAAGAUUAAAAAAAAAAAAUUCUUCAAGACUUUUACCAUUGUUAAGAUUUUUAUAAACUUAAUUAUUAAAUCUUAUAAUAUCCAGAAUGUUUCAAAACAUGCUUGUUAGUCUAUCAUUGCUCGUCAGUCAUUCUAAUCUGUAAAUAAUAAUUGAAAAAUCUCGCGUCUAAAAAAAUUGUUUAUGAAUGUUCGAGUUCUCAGCGAUCAUCCUUUUCGUGGAUGAUGCUCUUCACUGCAAUGAAAACAGAGCAUCCUAUGGCAUCCUAUGGCUUAAUGUCAGUAAAACGAGUAUGUAAUAUAUGAAGGAGUAUUCUCUUCAUUAGCACAAUAAUUUAAAAUUUUGAGAAAAAAUACAUUUUAUUUCAAAGAAAAUUUAGAUGAGAUAAAAAACGAUAAUUUUAAAUAAGAUCUAAAAUGUUAAUAUGGACAAAGCGAUUUCUAGUCAACUGCAUGUUUACAGAAGAAGAUAUGUCAAGUGAAAGUCUCAGUCUUGAGUUUUUUAUAUAUUAUAGAAAAAAUUCAAUGUGGUUAUAACUUCGUGAAAUCAUUUUUACUAGUUUUUAAAUAUUACGCGAAUAUUCAUAUUUGAUUAGGUUGAACAUUGACUUCAUUAUCACCUUGAAUGAUACCAACUAUUAUUAACGCGGAAUAGUCCACAAUCGAGAUUGACAAAACUGAUGACAUUAUUACAAUAUGUAAUAAUAAAAAUACUCUCCUUAUAUGGUGCAAAUAAAAAAAAAUCUGAGACUAAUGGAGAAUGAACGAAUUAGAAGACAAAUUGAAUUGAAAUAAAAAAAUUCGCUUAUUGAUAUA